CCGCCCGCCUCGCGCGGUUGUCUUGGAGAGGGACUCGUAGGCGACGCCACUGCGGGCGGGUCGGAUCCGGUUCCUGGACACGGAACAGAGACCCCCUGAUUCAGCCACCCCAGAGUGAGCCCCAUAUAGUACGGUUCUACUUUCCCGCCCCGACGAGGGUGCCAGAGACGCUGCGGACAACACCAGCAUGUCGAGCGAGCAGGGCGCCCCGGGGGCCUCGCCCAGGGCCCCGCGUCCGGGAACCCAGAAGUCGUCUGGCGUGGUGACCAAAAAGGGAGACCGCGCGGCCAAAGAGAAGCCGGGGACUGUUCUGCCUCCCGUGGGCGAGGAGGAGCCCAAAAACCCUGAGGAGUACCAGUGCUCAGGGGUCCUCGAGAUCGACUUCACGGAGCUCUGCACGCGGUCGGGCUACACGGAUUUCCCCAAAGUUGUCAACCGGCCCCGCCCUCACCCGCCCUUUGUCCCCUCCGCCUCUUUGUCGGAAAAGGUCACCCCAGAAGACCCACGGCUGUCGGGGUCCUGCAGCCUUAACAGUCUGGAGAGCAAAUACGUGUUCUUCCGGCCCACCAUCCAGGUGGAGCUGGAGCAGGAGGACAGCAAGUCCGUGAAGGAAAUCUACAUCCGCGGUUGGAAGGUUGAGGAACGGAUUCUGGGUAUUUUCUCUAAAUGCCUGCCCUCGCUCACCCAGCUACAGGCCAUCAACUUGUGGAAGGUGGGGUUGACGGAUAAGACCCUGACCACCUUCAUCGACCUCCUGCAUCUCUGCUCAUCCACACUCAGGAAGGUGUCUCUGGAGGGGAACCCACUGCCGGAGCAGUCCUAUCACAAGCUCAUGGCCUUGGACAGCACGAUCGCGCACUUGUCUCUGCGGAACAACAACAUCGAUGACCGCGGGGCGCAACUCCUGGGCCAGGCGCUGUCCACGCUGCACAGCUGCAACCGGACCCUCGUCUCACUCAACCUGGGCUUCAACCACAUCGGGGACGAGGGCGCGGGCUACAUCGCGGACGGCCUCCGGCUGAACCGUUCCCUGCUCUGGCUGUCCCUGGCCCACAACCGCAUCCAGGACAAGGGCGCCCUGAAGCUGGCGGAGGUCCUGCGACCCUUCGAGCUGACGCACACCGAGGUGGUGGAGCGCCGGCGCCUCCUGCUGGAGAAAGGGACGCAGGAGCGCUCGCAAUCGCCCUCCUCCUCGAGACACGGGGACUCCAAAACAGACCGUGAGAAGGGUCAGAUGGUAGGGAUCAGCAACAGCACAUUGUUGGACAAGACAGACAAGACGCAGCCAAUGAAAACACCUAAGGGCCUGGGCAAGAAAAAGGAGAAAUCAUGGGAAUUGACCAAGAAAGAGGAGAAGUCAGGGGCUGGGCAGUCGCCCACACAAGGAACCCCUAAGAAAGAAGAUGCCACAAAGGCAGGCAAGGGGAAGGUAACCAUCCCUGAGCAGAAGCCAAGCAGGAUAAAAGGGAUCAAGAUCGGGAGCAGAGAGAAGCGCAGCAUCCUCCCAGAGUCGGAGCACCUAGGACAAAGCCUGGAGUAUAGCCGGCAGUCAAAACAUCAGCUGGUUAUUGAGGCUACUGAGGUGAUCAACCCUCUCCUGGAGCCGGUGGAGCACCGAGCUGGGAAAGUUUUCAUGCCUGGGAACAAGGUCCUUUUGCACCUCAACCUCCUCCGGAACCACAUCACAGAGGUGGGGCUGGAGGGCUUCCUCGCCACGGUGCAGCACCAGGUGCAGUUCUCCAAGGCCAAGAGUGUGUCCAAGGGUCCAGUGGGGCUGCUGUGGCUGUCCCUGGCUAAAAAUUGCUUUGCUCCACAAUGUCCUGCGUAUGCCAAGAUCCAGGAACUGAUGUUGCCAAGGGACCCCAUUAAGGUCAAGCUCAGGGAGGACGAGGCCAUGGCUUUCUUCUCCUAGCCCCUCCCACCUGCUUGUCUCUGAGCCACAGAAGCACCUCCUGUCCCUGUGUGGACUGACCUUCCUGGGGGAGCUCUCAGACCAAUAACAAAGUCUGUUGCUAUUCUCUUCCUU